CGCCUGCCUAUUGCCCAGUUAGGGAGAGUUCAGCAGCGCCGUCUCUGAUCUCUUCUGGCUCUGGCUCUCAGCAGCAGGUGGUGCCUGGGAGGGAAAAGGUGAGCGAGCUUUCAGCGAGCGAGGGAGGGAGAAAGGAAAGGCUGGGCGUGCGGGGGUGGGGUGGGGGGGACAGAAAGUGAGAGGAAGAGAGGAAGAGGCGUCCCAACUGCGUGGCUGUGCCUGCUCUGGCCCCAGCCUUGCCUUCGUGCCGGGGCGUUUUUGCCCAAUGAGAGUCCACCGGAGGUGUCCGUCUUCCCCGCCUGCCCCCGAGCCCAGCCCUCCGGCGUGUCCUCCUCAUCCCCCUUCCCAGCAGAUGCCCGUCCAUGGGGCUGCUUGCGAAAGGCUUCUUCCAGCCCCGACCACAACCAGAAGCGCAUCUUGCCAGGGAAUCGGCCGGCCAGCGGACAGCCGCCCGCGGGUGCAGGGCGUUUGACGGCGCCGCCUUCCCGAGCCGUGCCCAGAGCAGCAGCAGAAGCAGCAGCAGCAGCAGCCGUCCAGGUCUGGGCUGCGCUGAGCGGAUCGAUCAGGCCCCGGUCGUCGUCAGCCUCUCUUUCUCCUUCGCGCCGGUUGUAGAGACCCGAGGACUUGUCCUUCUCGCGACUACCUUCCCUCGGCCGGGGAAUUAUGCUGGGCUCCAGCCGCUGGGCUCGGAUUGCCUGCGCGCCCGGGGACACUCGACGGGCGGCCGUGGUCCCCCGUGCGCCUUCGCGCCUCUGCUUGCCCUUGGUCCUGAUGCUGCUGACACUCACGCCGCGGGCGGACUCCUCUUGGUGGUACAUUGGGGCCCUGGGGGCAAGGGUGAUCUGCGAUAACAUCCCCGGACUGGUCAACAAGCAGCGGCAGCUGUGCCAGAGUUACCCAGACAUUAUGCAGUCCGUUGGGGAGGGAGCAAAAGAGUGGAUCCGGGAAUGCCAGCACCAAUUCCGUCACCACCGCUGGAACUGCAGCACUUUGGACAGAGACCACACCGUCUUUGGCAGGGUCAUGCUACGAAGUAGCAGGGAAGCUGCCUUCGUCUAUGCAAUCUCCUCCGCUGGAGUUGUAUACGCCAUCACCAGGGCUUGCAGCCAAGGUGAGCUCAAGGCCUGCAGUUGUGAUCCCCACAAGCGGGGCCGCUCUAAAGACGAAAGAGGGGAGUUUGACUGGGGGGGCUGCAGUGACAACAUCAACUAUGGGAUCAAAUUUGCAAAGGACUUUGUGGAUGCCAAAGAGAAAACAGUGAAGGAUGCCCGGGCCCUGAUGAAUCUGCACAACAACCGCUGUGGCAGAACGGCUGUGAAGCGCUUCCUGAAACUCGAAUGCAAAUGCCAUGGUGUCAGCGGCUCCUGCACUUUAAGGACUUGCUGGCUGGCAAUGUCGGACUUCCGCAAAACAGGAGACUACCUCCGGAAGAAAUAUAACGGUGCCAUCCAAGUAACUAUGAACCAGGAUGGCACUGGGUUCACUGUGGCCAAUAAAAACUUCCGCAAACCCACCAAAACGGACCUUGUAUAUUUUGAGAAUUCACCCGAUUACUGUGUGAUGGACAAGUCUGCAGGUUCGUUAGGGACAGCCGGACGAGUGUGCAACAAGGUCUCACGUGGGACCGAUGGAUGCGAGGUCAUGUGCUGCGGCCGAGGCUAUGACACCACCCGCGUGCGGCGAGUCACCAAAUGCGAGUGCAAAUUCCACUGGUGCUGCGCUGUCCGCUGCAAGGAGUGCGAGGACACCGUGGACGUUCACACGUGCAAAGCACCCAAGAGGGCAGAGUGGGUGGACCAAACCUGAGACAGUGUGAACCAGAGGGGGGAAAGCAAAACUGGCACAGUGCCCCAGGGCUUGGGCAUUCUGGGAAUUGUAGUUCAACUGCAUGGCUUUUAUUUAAUUAAUUCUGCAAAGCACUACAGAGAAGACUACAUUUCCCAUGGGGAUAGCGAGCUCUUCUGCUCACCCAGUAGAACUCACUCCUCUAACUUUAAAAAGGAAUUUUCAAAUGACAGGGAACUGUGAAGCUUCCUUUGCCUGGCGAUAUUGUCCAAAGAACAAAUGAAUAAAAAGAGGGAACAAUGCAGCUGCGUAGGAGCACAAGAGACUGAGGAGCAGGUUACAAUUAGCUGGAGAACCUUGCCUCUCUCCAGGGAAUGUUCAGCAGUAUAUUAUAAAAUGUUGCCUAACCUGCAGAAAUCCCUCCAUCUACCCUGGAAGAAAGUACUCUAUUUCCCAAAAGAAGAUGGCUGUAUAGUCCUAAGGAACUACAUGUUCUGCUAUGGAUCUCCACUCAUACAGAGGCCACCAUGCCUGCACUAUGGACAUUAGCUGAACAACAGCAACAUUGUGUAAAGGGACUUCGUUACCUUUUCCUUUCUAAUGGAAAGCAAACUGUGGAGUUACAAAGUUGGCAGCCGAAAGAAAACCAGUAUCUACAUGCAGAGGGGGAAAAGUAUGAAAGUUGAGAGUACAUGUGUAUGUCUGGACGCGCUGGUAGGUUCUAAAGGAAACUAAUAUAAAGGUGACUUUUUGGUACAAAUGCACUUGUACAUCAUGUAGACUGCUUUAAAUACUUUAAAUCAAAAUCCCAUAUAAACCUGUAUCAGAAAACGGUGUUCUUUGCUUUGUGGCUUUCUACAAUCGUGGCUAGCAAGGUGAGUAAUGGGCAGGUUCUUGCCCUAUGUUACUGCUGCACUCCACAACUGUGGCACUUCUAGACUAUAAGGUCAAAGCAUCUUCUACCAUAGCCUCAUGUGCAACUGUUGGAGGUGCUUCAGUUUGGGCCUCUGCUGAGAUUACAAAAAGGCAGCCAUUGUUGUAUCAGUUUUCCACUCCUUCCAGGGUGGGACAGGCAAACACAAAUCUCUUAUGUUGUGAUUCUUGCCUUGUGGGGGUUGAACCAGAUGACCCUUUGGGUCCCUUCCAAGGAGUACUUGGGUCAUGGUCUCAUGGAGUCACAUGCAGCUCCUAAGCCAUAGCUUUGAUCACCUGAAAUCUAGUGCAGGGUUUGACCCCCAUCUUGUGAAUCAAGUCAUUAAGCCAAGCUCUGUAAAUGAAUCCUUUAGGAUGUAGAGUCACUGUUUGGCCCCUUGCACCAGUAGAGACCUGCAAGUAUUAAAAGGGCCCUAUAAGGAUCAUUUUCAAAACCACGAUUAUAAAAGCUGUUUGGCAAUACAAACCCAAGUGUCAGUCUUUUGUGCGACCUCAUUUCACAGUUUCACGGCGACUGUGUGGGCUUUGUCUCUGGAACAUAACUCCUUAGGAUGAAGCCAGGACUGUUAAGCUUGUUUAGGUUCACAGUGUUGUUAUAGCUUUUGCAAGCUCAGCAGAAGCCAAUGAAUCAGUCUAAAGCCACAUGGCACACCCACGCCACAGGGGAUGAACCAGUUUUGUUGAAUAAAUGCAAAUACCCAACUAUGGGAGCUUCGCAUCUGCAAUCAGCAUAUUGUCCUCACUGUUAUGCAAUAGCUGCAUUGCACGUGUCUGCCCAGACAGGCCACAGCAGUGUCAAAACCAUAUUAACUUACUGAACCUGUAUACAUCUCCUUAAACACAAAUCUCACCUUGUUUGGUGGGACUUACUCCCAAGUAAAUGUGCAGAAGUUUGCAACUUAA